AUUGCCGGGAUUGAGGUUAUGUAGGUAAAUGCAGUAUGAAUUUUUUUUUCUCUUUUUCCCAACCAAAUCGGAACCUAGGCUCGUCGAUGGAAAGGCGCCGUAGAGUUCUGACCCAUGAGUAGGUUGCGGCCGGCUCGCUAGAAUUAAAAACAGUAGGAGAAGGGCCGUUCUUUGUCCUAUCCGUAGGAUAAUAUUCUCCUCUAUACUCUCCUCCUACAUGCUUCCCACACCUUUCUUCACAACCACAUCUUACACACAUUCCUCCCAUAUCUCCAGCACGUCCACCCUACAGAUACCGAACCCGCCGUCCCUACCGAACCCGGUUACUAUACUCCUGCUUACGUGCUCUCCGUGAGGCUCGCCCGGCCCGCGUUGCUCAUCCAUCCGCCCCGCGCUGCGGUGUCCGCCGUGACCCUACGAUAUCACAAUGCCGAUGCUCAAGGACCCCUCCCGAAAAUACAAGAAGUUUACGCCUCUACACCUGCCGAACCGCCAAUGGCCGUCUAAGACGAUCGACAAGGCCCCGAGAUGGCUGGCCACCGACUUGAGAGACGGCAACCAGAGCUUGGUUGACCCGAUGAACGGCGAGGAGAAAUGGAGAUUUUUCACGAUGCUGGUCGACCUUGGAUACAAAGAAAUCGAGGUCUCGUUCCCCUCCGCAUCGCAAACCGACUUUGAUUUUACCAGGCGCCUCGUCGAGACUCCCGGCGCCGUACCCAACGACGUCUGGCUCCAGGUUCUGGCCCCGUGCCGCGAGGACUUGAUUCGCCGCACCGUCGACUCGCUCAAGGGCGCGAAGAAAGCCAUCCUGCACAUCUACCUCGCGACGAGCGAGUGCUUCCGGCGCAUCGUCUUCGGUUUCACGGAAGAAGAGAGCGCAGAGCGAGCGGUCGCGUGCGCCAAGUAUGCUCGCUCCAUAACUAAAGACGACCCGGAGCAAGCUGGUACCGAGUGGGCUUUCGAGUUCAGCCCCGAGACCUUCUCGGAUAGCAGUCCCGAGUUCGUCAUCCGGGUCUGCGAGGCCGUCAAGGAGGCGUGGGGUCCUACGAAAGAGAACCCGAUCAUCUUCAACCUUCCGGCGACUGUGGAGAUGUCUACCCCGAACGUCUACGCGGAUCAGAUCGAGUACUUCUGCACCCACAUCUCGGAGAGGGAGAAGAUCUGCGUUUCGCUCCACCCCCACAACGAUCGGGGGUGUGCCGUCGCCGCCGCCGAGCUGGCGCAGAUGGCCGGGGCCGACCGAGUGGAGGGGUGUCUCUUUGGAAACGGCGAGCGGACGGGGAAUGUGGACCUAGUCACCCUGGGCCUCAACCUCUACACGCAAGGAAUUCAUCCGAACAUCGACUUCUCCGACCUCAACCGCGUCGUCGACACCGUCGAGGUUUGCAACAAGAUCCCCGUCCACCCCAGGGCGCCGUAUGGUGGGUCCCUCGUCGUAUGUGCCUUUAGCGGCUCACAUCAAGACGCUAUCAAGAAAGGCAUGAUGCUACGGGAGAAGGAGGGAAGCUCGUACGAGGACCAAUGGCAAAUUCCCUAUCUUCCUCUUGACCCGCAGGACAUCGGCCGCACGUAUGAGGCUAUCAUCCGCGUCAAUUCCCAGAGCGGCAAGGGCGGCGCUGCUUGGAUCAUCUUGCGCAAGCUUAACCUCGACCUUCCCCGGGGCCUUCAAGUCGCCUUUAGCGACGUGGUGCAGAGGAAGGCGGACCAGCUCGGGCGGGAGCUCCUGUCGGGCGAGAUUACGGACCUGUUUGAGCGAACGUAUUUCUUACAAGAGCACCCCCGGUUCAACAUCAUCGACUAUUCCAUCUCCUUCGACCGGUCGACGUCCCCAGCUCCCCCAGCCUCCGGCGGGGCACGAGAUACGAAGAAUCUCGCUCGAGUCUUUCAGGGAAUUAUCGCCAUCGACGGUACAGAAUACCAGCUUCGGGGCCGCGGCAACGGCCCUAUCUCGUCUCUGGCUAACGCUCUCAAGGGUGUGGGGAUUGACCUCGAUGUCGCAGACUACAAGGAGCACGCCAUAGGAGGCGGCAGGGAAGUCAAGGCUGCUACAUACAUCCAAUGCACGGCUGCUGGAACGGCGCAAAAAGUCUGGGGCGUUGGCAUUCACGAGGAUGUGGUGCAGAGUUCUCUGGUGGCCCUCUUGAGCGCGGCGAGCAAUUUUAUCCUGAGCCGGCCAGGAAGUCCUGUCAUGGCCAAACGUGCCUCGCAGGCUAGCUUUGGCGAACACUGGGAGGCCUACAAUCGCAGUUUGAACGGACCUUCUGCUGCCAACGACAAGACGCGCGGGAUAGUCGGGGUCUUGGAAGCCAAAGCAAACGGUACGUAGGUGCCCAAUCGUCCACUUGUUGGGGGGGGGGGGGCGCGACGGGCACGCUGCGGGGGUGCUGGAGGGCGACGAGCCGUCAGGCCUUGGGCGCGAUUUCAGGUAUCUAUGUUGGCGAGAGAUCUGUCGGGCCGUCGUACGCAAGCGCGCCUGUUAUGGUAGAGGGCUCGUCGCCCCCAACGUACGCUUCUUGCCUGGGCCGGGACAGGAUGCUCGAUUUGCUACCAUGUAAGCAGGAAACGAAAAGGCCGAGUUUUCAUGGGAUGGCAGUUUUGCUAGGUGGGUAGCCUGUGGUGGGGUGGAUAUUUCUCGGAAAAAAAAAGAAAAGUGAGUGGGAUAGCGAAUGAAAUAAAGGAAGCCAAUGACGGGAAGAAAAGAAUAAGCAAGGGAAGAGAAGAGGACAAAGUAAAUACAAAUAUUAUUCUCCCUC